AGAUUUGAAAGCUCCAAAGACCCGAUGGCUCAACUGAUUUUCACAAUGAGCAUCUGGCGGGUUGAACUGGAUUGUAAUCUCGAGGUCUUGCCAGCGCCCCAACGGUUACCAGGGAUAGGCGCAUAAUCUGUGACCCUCUUACUAUUGUGUUCUCGGACGCUUCUGUUCAGUCGAACACUGGACGGCCCGACGCGUCUAUGGCAGGCACCACCUCUAACGCAUUCUCGUGAACUUGUCGGAUGUGCAAGACACCCAAACAGGAGCCGGAGCCUGAGGUGGUGAACACGUCGGUGUUCAGACCAGGACCACUCCCCUAAGCACCUAUCUGACCUUGGGGAAACCGCUAUUUUCGGCAGAAAAAUGGCCCCUCCGAAGAAAUUCGUCCCGAGACAGCGCAAGCGCAAGGUUCUGGAACGGCAAAGGGCGCAGGAGGGAGCUACUCACGAUGCAAACCCAGACAGCAACAUCCUGGAGAUCACGCCCACCCAACAGGCUGAGGCUGAGCGGAAAAGAGCCCAGCUUCGGGAAGAGCUGAGACCACAAGGUGUCAAAGUCAGCAGCAAAAAAGCCAAACGGCUCGAAAAAUACAUUGAGAACAAGCUCAAGAAGGACGAGAACCGGGAGCUGUUGGCCAAACUCGCCGCUAACAAGAUCGACACCAGCUUGUUCUCAAGCAGCAAAUCCCUCGGUCAGACGAAAGAGACCAAGAGGGAGGCGUUGAGACGCGCCCUCAGGGAACAGAAUGCCGGCCUUGCGCUGGACAAGUCGGAGUUGAGCCUUCUGUACCAGCGCCGGAAGGUCGGGGCAGCAGACCCGCUAGGAGACGAGCCCAGUCCCUCAGAAGAUGAGAAGGAUGAUGAAAAUGAGGAGGACUCGGCAACAACCCAGAAAGAUGCAGCCCCGGUGGAAUCCCAGCAGCUUUCAGCACCACCUGUUCCGUUAGCGGUCGGAGCUGGCCUCAAGCGGCCGCUUGAACUGGACGACUCGGGCCGGCCCGUGCUUGCAAAACGGCAGAAGCGAGGAGGCGUCAAAUCAAAGUACUCGAUAGCAGCACCGGCUGUAUUGGAAGAACCAAGCUCCGAAGAGUGGGAUGGGUUCAGCUCUGAAAGCGGCGAUCGAUCGGCUGAAGCAUCGGCUGCCGAGUCCGACGACGGUGGAUCAAGUGGUGAAGACAGCCAAAGCACCUCAAACGAGGACGAUAGCGAUAGUGGCUCAGAAGUCGAUGUGGAGAGCUCGGACGGCGAUGCCGGCUCCGAGAACGAUGAUGAGGCGUAUAAGCAGCAACGGAGGCAGAGAUCGUCCGCUUUCAAGGCCUGGGCUCAUCAACAGCGAAACGAAGCGUUGGGAUACCAGCCCAUCGAAGCAGGUCCCAUGAUCCUGGACAUACCGAAACCAGCGAACUUCACACCUCGGCCGGUUGAGGAAGAUCCGCUGCCAAUAGAGCUGCAACCUACCACGAAUGUCACCAGAAAAGCAUAUGCCGUGGGGCUGACAAGAGACCCCGAGAUACAAGAGGCUCGCUACAGACUACCCGUUGUCGCUGAGGAGCAGAAGAUCAUGGAGGCCAUUCACAACAACGAUGUUGUCGUCAUCUGUGGCGCAACUGGUUCCGGAAAGACGACGCAGGUCCCGCAGUUCCUCUUCGAAGCCGGCUAUGGUGCACCGGACGGCCCAACUCCCGGAAUGAUUGGCGUGACGCAACCGAGACGAGUAGCGGCCGUCAGUAUGUCCAAGCGCGUGGCUCAGGAGCUGGGGGAUCACUCCCAUGUCGUGGCCUACCAAAUCCGGUUCGAGGGCACGGUUGAUCCCAAGACGGCUGUCAAGUUCAUGACAGACGGUGUCCUCCUUCGCGAGGUCGCACAAGAUUUUGCUCUUCGAAAAUACUCUGCUAUCAUCAUUGAUGAAGCGCACGAGAGGAGCGUAAAUACCGACAUUUUGAUUGCAAUUCUCAGCAGAGUUGUCAAGCUCAGAGCAGAGCUGAUGAAGGAGGAUCCAUCGGUCAGGCCCCUGAAGCUUGUCAUCAUGUCGGCAACACUUAGAGUCGAGGAGUUUACCCAGAACAGAAGACUGUUCAAAACCCCUCCGCGCGUCAUCGAAGUCGAAGGCCGGCAACAUGAGGUCACAAUCCACUUUGCUCGGAAAACACGGCACGACUACAUCGAGGAUGCUUUCCGAAAGAUCAGUAGGGGGCAUCGUAAGCUACCUCCUGGGGGCAUGCUUGUGUUCCUCACUGGACAAGGGGAGAUAUCCCAACUCAGCAAACGGUUGAAGGGCGCAUUUGGCGGGAUGACCUUUGCGGCGGCGCCAAAAGUCCGUAUCUCUGGAAACGAAGCUCCCGUCGAGGUGGAGGAUAUUGAUUUCGGAGAUGUUGACGAUCGGAAUGUGAAUGACGAGUACGACGAAAUCGAAUUCGCCUCGGAUGACGAGGAGGAAGAGGAGAAGGAAUUCGAGAUUGACGACGAAGAAUCUGGGGCUGGUCCACGACGGAUGCAUAUCCUGCCACUAUAUUCGCUGCUCCCGACCAAGGAGCAAAUGAAGGUCUUUGAGCCUCCACCUGAAGGUUCGCGACUGGUAAUCCUGGCGACAAACGUUGCUGAAACCAGUUUAACCAUUCCCGGCAUCCGAUAUGUGUUCGACUGCGGCAGGUCAAAGGAGCGGAAGUACGAUCCUGUGACCGGCGUCCAGAGCUUCGAGAUCGACUGGAUCAGCAAGGCAAGCGCAAAGCAGAGAGCCGGACGCGCUGGCCGCACAGGUCCCGGCCACUGCUGGAGGUUAUACUCGUCAGCAGUGUACGAGAGAGACUUUCCCGAGUUCUCGGCGCCAGAACUUCUUCGUAUGCCUAUCGAAGGGGUGGUGCUACAGCUAAAAUCCAUGAACCUCCAACACGUCGUCAACUUCCCCUUCCCGACCCCACCGGACCGCCAGAGCAUUGUCAAGGCCGAAAGACUCCUGACCUAUCUGUCGGCGAUAUCACCGAGUGGGCAAAUCACGCAGGUCGGGACGACCAUGUCUGUCUUCCCGUUGGCGCCUCGCUUUGCACGUAUUCUGCUUGUCGGGCAUCUACACGACUGCCUACCAUACACCAUUGCUAUGAUUGCGGGGUUGUCGGCCGGCGAGAUCUUCAUGCCGGAGAACCAAGCCAUUCCGGCUGCUGCUGAACAGGCCGAAGAGUUUCGCACCAACGAGGAAGUCAUUGCCGAGGACAAGCGGGCGAGGAUACGGAGGGCGUUCAACUCGGUCCACAAGAACUUCUGCUCCCUCGAUGACAAGUCCGAUGCCAUGAAGAUAUUGCAGGUAGUCGGCGAGUUUGCCCACGAGCCGACCGAGCAGUGGUGUGAGAGCCACUUCGUCCGGUUCAAGGUGCUCAAGGAGAUCACGCAGCUCCGGUCUCAGCUUACCCAGCUCGUCAAGACGAACCUACCUGGCUUCGCCAAUCUCAACGUCCCAGAAAAGCUGCCCCGACCCUCCGAGAAGCAAGUCCAGGCGCUCAAGCAGAUGGUCGCGGCAGGCUUCAUCGACCAAGUCGCCAUCCGCGCUGACAAGGCGCCGAACCCGCCCGAGAUGUACCGCAAGCCGCGCCGUGCGAUCGAUGUCCCCUACCUCCCGCUCAUACCACUCGAAAGCGACCGGAUACCAACCGACCCGGCCGAUAAGCUGGUGUACAUCCAUCCUUCGUCUCCACUCGCCCACCUCAGCGUGGAUGAGUGCCCUGAAUACGUCGUGUACGCGCACCUGCAGCGGGCCGGCAACGUUGCAGAGGACAGCGAAAAGAAGCCGAAGACGAGAAUGCACGCCCUGACGGACUUGAGCGGCGCACAGCUGGCAAACAUCGCCAAGGGUACGCCGCUGAUUACGUACAGCAAACCGGUCAAGGAGGUGGCGGUCUCGGAAGACACGCGGGAGGUCUGGGUGGUGCCGUACUUAAGGGCUGAGACGGGCCACGGUAUGGGAUGGCCGCUCCCAAUGAGGAAGAUCAAACAGAAGAGAGUGCCGGGUAAAGGGUGGGUGGCCGAGUGAUGGCUGACGGAAGAGCCGUCGCCCCAGAUACGAGCUCGAGGAGGUAUGAACUCCCCAUCUUGUUUGCUUGUGCCUGCUGUGAUGAAUUCUCGCAAGAGGCUGUUUAUGAAUCACUAUUAUGAUUAUAAACUAUCACCUACAUUGUUCUAUUUCUGAGCAUCGGCGUCUAACAAGCAUCUCAUCUGUUCGCUUUCAUUCACCGAGCAUGCGGCUGACUGUCAUAGGGGAAUCGA